AUAUCACUAUGCACCCAGACCCCAUACCCUCAAUUAUGCGCCACAAAAAUAUCGCUAUGCACCCGAACCCCAAACCCUCAACUAUGCAACGCUCUAGUUGUCACUAAACCUCUAGCCACCAUAUAUGAAACCCAAUUUCAACUACGAGAAUCAGCCCUUCGAAACACUUUAAAUAAAGCUGAACAAGCCCGUGGACUUGUUGCGGCCAUGGACGUGAGCUCAUUCGAUGAGCGAGCCAAGCUGGCUUGGGCUGAUUGUCUGGAGCUCUACGAGGAUGCGGUCAACCAACUUAAUCGCUCUUUGGGCUCCACCGAUCAGCACAGCUCCCAGACGUGGCUAAGCGCUGCCAUCACCAACCAACAAACGUGCCAAAAUGGGUUUAUUGACUUCCACCUAUCUUCUCACUUAAAUUCCUUUCCAGAUAUUUUAAGUGAUUUUUCAAAGUUGCUUAGCAAUUCACUAGCAAUAAACAAAGCUAUAUCUCCAUCAAUGGCGACACUGUCUAGUAAAAAGACCCAAAAUCGACGCCUUCUCUCUGACGGCUUCCCAGAAUGGGUAUCCGCCACUGAUAGAAAGCUUCUUCAAUCGUCUGUCGGACCACCAAUAGCGAAUGUUGUGGUGGCUCAAGACGGUUCUGGCAACUACAAGACCAUUUCUGAGGCCGUGGCGGCCUCGAGGAGCGGGAGUAAGAGAUUUGUGAUAUAUGUGAAAGCGGGUGUUUACAAAGAAAACGUCGAGAUUAAAGGAUCAAUGAAGAACUUGAUGUUGGUGGGGGAUGGUAUUGGCGCUACAAUUGUGACUGGCAGUAAGAAUGUUCACGAUGGAUCCACGACUUUUGGCUCAGCAACUUUUUCUAUUUCGGGCGAUGGAUUUAUCGCUCGGGGCAUGACCUUCGUAAACUCGGCCGGGCCACAAAAAUAUCAGGCGGUCGCUCUGCGUUCUAGCUCGGACCACUCAGUCUUCUACAGUUGCAGCUUCGUGGGCUACCAGGACACAUUGUACGUCGACACGCAACGUCAAUUCUACCGGGACUGCGACAUAUACGGAACCAUAGACUUCGUGUUUGGAAACGCGGUCGCAAUGUUCCAAAACUGCAAUUUUUACGCGCGGAAGCCUCUGGGCAAUCAGCAAAAUGUCAUCACGGCUCAGGGAAGGACCGACCCGAACCAAAACACCGGUAUCAUCGUUCACAACUCGCGCGUCGUCGCUGCCUCGGAUUUGAGACCGGUCCAGGGUUCGGUUAAGACGUAUUUGGGCAGGCCGUGGCAAAAGUACUCGAGGACGGUGUUCAUGAAGUCUUCCCUAGAUAAUUUGAUCACCCCGGCCGGGUGGUCUCAGUGGAUAGGAAACUUUGCUCUAAGCACACUAUAUUUUGGCGAGUACAUGAACACCGGACCUGGUGCAGGCACGGGCGGCAGGGUGAAGUGGCCGGGAUACCAUGUCAUAACGAGUGCAACGGAGGUCGGGAAAUUCUCGGUGGGGAACUUUUUGGCCGGCGGUUCGUGGAUUCCGGCUACCGGAGUGCCUUUCACUUCUGGGGUGUGACAGUGAUAAUUUGGGAAACGAAGAAAGUUAUUUCUAGUCUAGUGAUGUGAAGGUCUUGCGUUGUUUCGUGGUGGGGUUAGCUUAAUUAGUUGUUGCUGUAUAAAGUGUACUCCUCCUAUAACAUAAAUGUAAAACUUGAAGUAAUUGUUUAAUAAAUUUGUAAA